GCGCCCUUUCUUGCUCGCCUAUGAUCUGAAAAUACGAGCAUUGCCAUGGGCCAUGAAUCCAACAUCGAGGUGGCUGAGCAAUCACAUCCUGUGGGGAUUGAGUCCAUGGAGAUUCCCCUGGACCCAGAGUUGGUGCGAGGGGUUCCCCUGCGCUUUUGCCUUCAUGGGCUGGGGAAGUACUGGAGCAUGACUCGAAAAGCAGACUUCGAUCUCAGCGAAAAGACGGAUCACAUCGACCACUUCUUGAGUCAUGAUUGGGGCACCUCACGAAGUCUGAAGGUGAUGACCUUAUUGAUCGUCUUCAAUAGCUGUGCUGCUGCAGUCGCCACCUCCCUGGUGGUGCUGCUGCUCUCCAUCACCGCCUCAACUGGCCUCAUUCCGCCAAAGCUGUGGCCUUGGCUGCCACUGCCGGGCUUCCUUUGCUAUGUGAGCAUCCUCCUUUUUUGGCAGGAUGUGCGUUUGCUGUGCCGUCGGCCGCUGUUGGCCUUCCUGGAUAAGCUUUGUAUUGCACAGCAUGAUUUGCACUUGAAGGAGCAAGGCAUCCGCGGCUUGGGGAGCUUUCUCAGAUGCUCCAGGAAUCUCAACAUCUUGUGGUCUGAGAGGUAUUUCUCCCGCUUGUGGUGCUGCUAUGAAGUCGCGGCCUACUUGAAAGAAGGUGGUUUUCGUGAUGGAGAAAAGUCCAUCGUGCUGAUCCCCGUGCAGAUGGCCUCCCUUUUGCUGAUCAGUACGAUCCAGUCGUGCAGUACGUUUCUGGUUCAAUACGCGUUGCUGUCGGUGUUUCUGAGCCCGGUGAUUUGGGGCGCCUUGAGCUACGGCCUUUGGGAGCCUUUGGUGGCGGAUUUGCUGGAAGGCAUUGAAGGUGAACAGAUCCUGAAGCUUAUGAUCUAUUUCACCUAUUGGGCCAUCACACUGGCCUUUUUCUGCCUUCCAACCUUCGAGAUCUUCGAGCAAAAAGCCUCAGGAGACCGAGACCGCUCUCGUCGAACAGAGGGGCGUGAGGUCAACGUCUUGGGAUGCAAGGAAGUUCAGGAGCUUCCGCUGGAGGAAGACUACGUCUCUGAAUACUUCUGA